GGGGGACAGAAUGUAAAGGCGACUUCUGUACCUGGAAAGGAAGAAACGUGAAAAAGACAUACACGAUUUAAUUAACAAACAGCGGACCCGAUCGGAUCAUUCGUAGCAAGACGAUUUGAGUGGCAUCGUCCCCACGGACUCGUCACACAGAAACCGGUUACGCUGCAUCAGAAACGUAAGAAGGUCCCAUCCAUGGAUGAUGAUCACAGUAAAGGUAACAACACCACAGUCGACUCUGCCAAAGCCGACCGAUCCAUUUGGCUUAUGAAGUGUCCGCCUGUUGUAUCUAAGGCCUGGCAAUCCUCCGCCGCCUCCGGCGACUCGCCGCCCCUCGCCAAAGUCGUCGUCUCCCUCGAUCCUCUCCAAUCCGAGGACCCGUCCGCUCUUCAAUUUACCAUGGAGAUGGCGGGGAAUGAGGUUGUGAACAUGCCCAAGAGUUACUCUCUCAAUAUGUUUAAGGAUUUUGUUCCCAUGUGUGUUUUCUCCCAGACAAAUCAAGGAAGAAUUGCUGUGGAAGGGAAAAUGGAGCACAAAUUUGACAUGAAGCCCCACCAUGAGAACAUUGAAGAGUACAGAAAAAUGUGCCGGGAAAGGACAAAUAAGUCCAUGAUCAAGAAUAGACAAGUCCAGGUAAUUAAUAAUGAUAAUGGUGUGCACAUGAGGCCCAUGCCUGGGAUGAUGGGCUUCAUUACGUCAACUUCAAAGGAUAAGAAGAAAGCAGCUCCAGUUAAGAGUUCAGAAGUGAAAAGAACCAGAAGGGAUCGUGGGGAGCUGGAAGAUAUCAUGUUUAAGCUUUUUGAAAGGCAACCUAAUUGGGCUCUGAAGCAGCUUGUUCAGGAGACUGAUCAACCGGCGCAAUUUUUGAAGGAGAUCUUGAAUGAGCUCUGUGUAUACAAUAAAAGGGGAACGAACCAAGGUACAUAUGAGCUCAAGCCAGAGUACAAGAAAUCUGUCGUGGAUACCGGUGCCGUCUAAUGACUGGCAUCAUUGUAUAUUAGAUUGCAAAUGAAGAGAAAUUAUUGUUAUUUUAAGAAAAGGAGACCAGUCUUUAGUGCUGCAUAUCUGUCCCUUAAGAUGUGGUGACAUGGGUGGAUAUACUAGUCUCGCGGAACUCAAGAAAGGAAUAGAGUGAUGUCAAAGAAGCGUGUAGUUGCUAACCAUAGAUCGUGUAUAUUUAUGGAUUAAGUUGCCACCUAUUUUUACUUCAUUGAAUGCUCAUCAGAGUUAGUUUCUUGGUAAAUUAUGCUUGACAUUGUUUCUCUUCUCUUUA